GCCUCGGGGUGGGAUCCCGCGGGCGGUCGCGCGUUGCGGCUGAAGGGACGCGGCCUUGGCCGCCGUCUCCCCGGCCCGGGCCGCUGGAGAAGCGGCCUUACUUGGGGACACCUUGGGGCGCCCGGGUCCUUCUAGUGACCAGCCCUCGCCUCCGGGCGCGGUCCCCAGAGGCGGCUGGCCCUGAUGCCGCCCUCGUGUCCCGCCGAGCGCCCAUUGCGGCGCCCCGGGGAGGAGCCCGCGCCCGCCGGGACCGUACCGGGACCCCCUGGUGGCGGAGAAGCGAAUUGCAGGAGGUACUACAAAGAAGACAUGGACCGGUGUGUAUGAUCAUGGAAUCUUCUUGCUAACAUCACCACCUGCUCUCCUUGAUAUGUGAGAGUCUGAGUCAGGGGGAAAGGAAAAGAGGUCAACAUGAAGCUAAAGCAGCGAGUCGUGCUGUUAGCAAUUCUUCUUGUCAUCUUUAUCUUCACCAAAGUUUUCCUGAUUGAUAAUUUAGAUACAUCAGCUGCCAACCGGGAGGAUCAGAGGGCUUUUCACCGAAUGAUGGCUGGCUUGCGGGUGGAGCUGAAACCCAAGCUGGACCACACCUUGCAGUCUCCCUGGGAGAUUGCAGCCCAAUGGGUGGUUCCCCGGGAAGUGUACCCUGAAGAGACACCAGAACUGGGGGCAAUCAUGCAUGCCAUGGCCACCAAGAAAAUCAUUAAAGCUGAUGUGGGUUAUAAAGGGACACAACUGAAAGCCUUACUUAUACUUGAAGGAGGUCAAAAAGUUGUCUUCAAACCUAAGCGGUAUAGCCGAGAUUAUGUGGUAGAAGGGGAACCAUAUGCCGGUUAUGAUAGACACAAUGCAGAGGUAGCAGCCUUUCAUUUGGACAGGAUUCUGGGCUUCCGUCGAGCCCCCUUGGUGGUUGGCAGAUUUAUUAAUCUGCGGACAGAGAUCAAGCCUGUUGCCACGGAGCAGCUGUUGAGCACCUUUCUAACUGUAGGAAACAAUACUUGCUUCUAUGGGAAGUGUUAUUACUGCCGAGAAACAGAGCCAGCUUGUGCCGAUGGAGACACGAUGGAGGGAUCUGUCACACUCUGGCUUCCAGAUGUGUGGCCUCUGCAGAAACACCGACAUCCAUGGGGCAGAACUUACCGAGAGGGCAAAUUGGCCAGGUGGGAGUAUGACGAGAGCUACUGCGACGCUGUGAAGAAAACGUCUCCUUAUGAUUCUGGCCCACGCCUCCUGGACAUCAUUGACACAGCUGUGUUUGAUUAUCUCAUUGGCAAUGCUGACCGCCAUCACUAUGAGAGCUUUCAAGAUGAUGAAGGCGCUAGUAUGCUCAUCCUUCUUGAUAAUGCCAAAAGCUUUGGGAACCCCUCGCUGGAUGAGAGAAGCAUUCUUGCCCCUCUCUAUCAGUGCUGCAUCAUUCGGGUUUCUACUUGGAACAGACUAAACUACCUGAAGAAUGGUGUGCUGAAGUCUGCCUUAAAAUCUGCCAUGGCCCAUGACCCCAUCUCUCCAGUGCUUUCUGGGCCUCACCUGGAUGCUGUGGACCCACGGCUGCUGAGCAUCCUGGCCACCGUGAAGCAGUGCACUGACCAGUUUGGGGUGGACUCUGUGCUAGUGGAAGACAGGAUGCCUCUCUCCCACUUGUAAUUUUCAACACAGAAUAUGUGAAACUUCUUUUUGCAAAGAUAGAAAAACAGCACAAUCAAUUCUAAAUGUAACAGAUGGAUUGGAAAUGGCCAGCAGCAAGUUCUGGCGAUAGGGGACAGGGUGGCCUUGGAUGUCUUUGGUGUUUUCCAUAGUAGAAACUAAAGCAAAGACUACAAGUUUCAGACCACAGAGCUGUUCCUGCUGAAUCACCUUUUGACUUCCUUGGCAUCAUCUGCCCAUUCUAGCAGUGGGCGGCAUGGUUAGUCUUAAUUUCUCAUGCCAAAGGACAAGCAGAGAAGUGACAUUGGAUAGGUUAAUGCUGGCAUUGUUUCUGGAGUGUGUGUUUUGAGUUAAACCUUACAGUCCUUUUCCCAAAUGUGUGGAUUUUCUGAAAACACUUUAGAGUCUCUUAUGUCCUUUUUCACCAGAGCUAGUCACAUUGGAAAGCUUACUGCCUCCUAAGGAGUGGCGGCAAAUAAAACCUUGCCUUCUUUUGAGCCGAGAUCGCACUCUCUGUUGGAGGGGACAUGGUUUUAGGUAGCAUUGAGAGGAGGGCAAAAGCAGGGAAGGCAUUUGGGCUUUUAAGCAGUUGGCUAGUGGUGCUUUUGAUGAUUCUUAGAGGAGGAAAGGAGAAAGGGAUCACUUGAUCUCCAGAAUCAGGGAGAUGAUUGAAUUUUAUACUGAGAUCAUUAGUGAAAACAGAUUCCCCUGAAUUUAGGUUCUUCAGGUGUGUAAAAAACAAAGAUGGCUUUGUACCUAAGUAAAGUCUUCAUUCUCACAGUUUUGUCCAAAUUGGUCAAAUAAUUGUCUCUAAAGAAAAUAUUUUACAUCCCAAGAAUGAUUCUCUUAUGGAGACUUUUUUUCCCCCUUUUGCCCAAAGCAGGCAAAUCCUUUCUUAAUUAACAAAGCAAACUGAAAUAAUACCUUGAGUAAGAGUCAGGUUGCCUGUGUUCUCUGCCAUCUUCAUUUCUCUUCUGAACCGAAUUUCCACAUCUGCCUUUAAGGCAUUUGGACAUUGAAGCUGCUGCUCCCAAGAGACUGACAACCCUGUCCGUGCCUUUCUUGUGAGAAAAGCCAGCUCACUCCUACAGAUAGUAGUGCACGUCCUGUUGGUGGCUGGACUUAGCUUACGAUUUGGGCCAUGCAAAAGACUGGCAACAAAGAUUUUAAGCCUUCUGAGCCUUGAAAUUAAGGAAGUUACCAUGAGGAGCCUUAAGAUUUUGAUUUAUAUCAAACCCUAAUUUCAUUAUUCAGUCUCUGUUGGAGUUCUGAACCCACGAUGUGGUACUGUCCUUCCACCUCUUAGCAUAUUCACAUUUCAAGUUACUAAACCACCAGUGCAUUUUUGUGUUCUGGCAAAGUGAUUUGACAUGUAAGCAGCUGCAGUGAAAGACUGGGCCAGAAGGCAACAUGCCUGGUGCACCCACUCAACCUGUGCUCAGAGCUGUAUGUUUUUCUCUCCUGCAUCUUGUCUGGGUGCUGUUCAAGUUUUUUACUUCUGUCCAGCAGAGACUAAUAUUUUAAACAGUGCGGUUGAACAAAUUUUAUGUCAGCCAUUGGAGAUCAACUUUAGGCAACCACACUUAAAAAAAAAAAAGCUUUAGGAUUUGUGCGCUAAUUUUCUCCUAUUGAAAGAUAACCGAGUAACCUGUAACUACUUUAAAAUA